GCCACCUGCUUGUCAAGCCACUUCAGGAACCACUCGGACGAGCCUGCCCUCCUGGCGAGCGUGACCGCGUCGUUGCCCUCGAGGUCCGUCGCCUCGAGGCACUCCCGCGCGUUGACGUAAUGGGGGCCGAAGAACGCCAGGGCCAGCAACACCUUGGUCUGGCCAGAGUGGUGAGGCGCUGCCAUGAGGACUUGGAAGGGCGUCUCGCCCGCCCGAUUCCGCAGGUUGUGGUGAAAUCCGUGAUCCAGGAGGACGCGGACAACCUCCCGGGACGGCUCGAGCGUCCGGCAGGCCGUGUGGAUGGCCGUGUCGCCCAGGGGCAGCGCCGUGGUGCGGACGUGGCCACCAAGCCAGGGGGGCGGGUGCUCCUCGAGAAUCAUGCGGACUGCCUGGGCGGCGCUGUUGCCACCCUGAACGAGGCAGUGCAGGACGCUGGGCGGGUUACUGUAGGCGAUGCAGAUGCCGUUGCGCCACGUGAGGGGGCUGGCGCCGUGCCGGAGGAGAAGUCGCAGAGCUCGACUGCUCUGCCUCGUGACGUCUCGGAUUUGACGAGCGAGUGGGGGACCCGCUGGAGGAUAUGAGCUGGCACGUUGUGUCUGGCGUUUGGGCGGACCUUGUUGGCAGCAUGCUCCAGAAGGGUGACGACUCCUCCGUCGUUGAAUGUAAUAUUGGGGUCCACGUAAAAGUCUUCGAAGAGG